AUGGGACCCACUUGUGUUUGGUUCCACGUGAUCACAGUGUUGACCUCAGCAUCGGUUCUGAUGUCUAAUGCCACUAUUCCCUCAUCCAUUCUACCUAACGAUGGGCCGAUUAAUGGUGUGGAGAGUCCGUGGAGAGUGUUACGGAUUUCGGAUACUCCACCAACCAUACAGGAACCUACAGUAGCUUAUCGUGAAAUCAGGCAAAUACUGGUUAACCACUCGACGACGAAGGGUAUGACAUUCAGAGAAGCAGAUAUAUUGAGAUCGUCGGUCCUCCACCACGCCUUAUACCAUAUCGAUAACAUUCUUCUCAACGAAGAGCGGCACCUACGUCACCGGGCAAUAUCUCGUUUCCAAGCUUUUGGUUUGGAAGCGUUAAGUUUUGUAAGAGAAUUGGCCAUGGUUUCCCACUUAGAAACUGGCGUGGUGCCUUAUUUGUUGGUCUUAGAAGCUGAUCUCAUUCACUUCCUGAAUCUGUUUUCGAAGAGGCUGGACAUUGACAUCCAUGAUAAAGUGAAAGGCCUUUACGAUAAGGCUUACAUGGCCACCAUCCAGGACCCGGAUUUGACUGAUGUGCACCCAAUAAGGUUGAUCACUGUGCAGGCUUUGGCCAAUUAUAUGUAUCAUCGGCGUUUGGGAGUGGCAGAGGCAAUUCGAUUAACCCGUGGAGCCCUUGCUUCGAUUCGGAAGGCUUUGAAGAGACACCCUUCGAAAGUUCAGCAGGCUAUCUCGAACUACAUAGCACCUCUCAACCAUGAUCUCCGCAUUUGGGAGGCCAACAAUGGUCAUUAA